CAGAUCAUCACCAACCGACUUUUGAAAACGAUUAUUUCUCCAUUUCCUAAAUUACCCUCACUUUUCUUCUUCUUCUUUAUUCAAUCCACUUUCAAUUUCUCUCUUCUUCUCUCCUCUUUAUCUUCACCAAACCCUCUUUUUCCGUUCAUCGCCGUUAACAACUUUUUCCGUUGAAUCGCCCGUUGAAUCGCGUCACGUAUCGUCGCUCUCGUUUCGUAUCAUCGUCGGAUAAGGUUCGCCGGCCUGUUCAACAUGGAGUGGGUUGUCGGCGGCAAGUUUAAGAUUGGUCGCAAAAUCGGAAGCGGUUCGUUUGGUGAAAUUUUCAUCGCUUCGGAUAUGGAUAACUCUGAGAUCGUUGCCGUCAAAAUGGAAAAGAAGAAUGCAAGGCAUCCGCAACUAUUGCAGGAGGCCAAAUUAUACAGUAUUCUUCAAGGAGAAAGUGGUAUUCCGAAUAUGAAAUGGUGUGGUACUGAUGGAGACCAUAAUGUUUUGGUAAUGGAUCUUCUGGGACGUAGUCUGGAAGACCUUUUUGUCUUCUGUGGGAGCAAGCUUUCUUUAAAAACAGUUUUGAUGUUGGCCGACCAGAUGCUUUCGAGAAUAGAAUAUGUGCAUUCCAGGGGAUUUUUACAUAGAGACAUCAAACCAGAUAACUUCCUAAUGGGUAUUAGGAGAAAAUCAAGUCAGGUUUAUAUUAUUGAUUUCGGACUAGCGAAAAGAUAUCGGGACCCCAAAACAAAACAGCAUAUUGCUUACAGAGAGAAGAAAAACUUAACAGGGACUGCACGAUAUGCAAGUUGCAAUACUCACUUAGGAAUUGAGCAAAGUCGUCGUGAUGAUUUGGAGUCUAUUGGCUAUGUUCUUAUGUACUUCUUAAGAGGAAGCCUUCCUUGGCAGGGAUUGAAAGCUGUCACCAAAGAGGAAAAAUAUGACAAGAUUCGGGAAAAGAAGUUAUCAACUCCCAUUGAGACGCUUUGCGAAUCAUAUCCCGUGGAGUUCGCUUCUUACUUCCAUUAUUGUCGCUCUUUGACAUUUGAUCAAGAUCCAGAUUAUGGAUUCUUAAAGCGUCUGUUUCGUGAUUUGUUCACUUGUGAAGGAUAUGAGUAUGACAAUUUAUUCGACUGGACCAUCCUAAGAAAUCAGCAGGUGCAACAGACAAGGAGACCGAAUCAAUCAUCUCCUUCAGAUGCUGUGCCUAGUGCUGUUCCUAGCAGUCUAGAACCAUUGGCUGUUGAAAAGCGUGUGGAAAAACAAACAGGAAUCACUAACUCUCCUCAAUUUACUGUAACAAAAAUGCUACCUAAUCUUGAUCGCCCGAAUGUGCGUGUGCAUCCUAAGCCAUCCAAUGUUAAGAAACUGAAUGCCAAGAAUCACACUGAAAAACAUAAUGUGAACAAUGGUCCAUCCACUUCAUCUCCCUUGCAAAAGUCAACUACACGAAAUAUAUCCAAGCCUGAAAAGUCCACAUUAACCUCAAACAUAGGGCGUGUACUUGGUAGUAACCCCCAUGUUUCAAGCAGCUGGAUACCUUCAUUACGACGGGUUUCUUCAACCAAAUAACAGCUAAUAUUUUGGAGGAGUCCCUUAGAGCUUAAUGUUGCAAACAUCAUGCCACUCACCUUACCAGAGGAACCAUAGACUGUAAUGACAUCGAAUAUUUCUGACAUGAUUAACUUCCUUCACACGGUACCUUCCUAUCAAGUUUAUUCCUAUCAAAUUUACAACUUGUCACGCUUUAAAAUUUGGAGAGAGGGAAGCAUUGUUUUGUACAAUUUUGAAGAACGAGGCAUGGCGGUGGAUACGAAACUCAGGGUCAUCAGUUUGUAGACCUUAAAAUGCGAGACUAAGUCUGGCUGAUUUAUAUUUUCUUAGUCAUUUGAUUUUUCUUACGAGUAUUUAUUUAGUGCAGAAAUUCCAUUGUCUUUCUCGUGUACAGUUAGGUUUGCUAGCAUUUGAUUUUGAUUGUAACCGUUCCCCAACAAUUAAAUUAUUCACAAAUCAAUCGUAUUCAUAGUUUAUUGAAACAGAUAUUUUGUUGAA